CAGGCUGUGAGAGGGAGCAGUGCUGACGCUCGCCAGCUGAGUGCCAUCCGGACAGCGCCUGCCCGCCCGCCGUGUGGGUGUCUGCAGGUGAUGGGGCAGCGCCUGGGACCGGAGAGCUUUGUGCCAGGAGCAGGAGCUCUGUCUGCCUGAGUUUCGGUGGCACCGCUGGGCUUGCCACGUCACUUGUGCCCCUCUCGUGUCCCUCACCUGCGUGGCCCUGGCCUCCAGCCGCAGGUUCAGCACGCUGGACACCCCGUCCUGCGGGCCCUCGCAGGGGCUCCCGUGUGAGCCGAGGGCAGUGCUCUGCCGGAGCCCGGGGAUCUGCAGCGGGUGAUGCAGCGGGAACCGUGCGCUGCCUGGCCGUGGAUGCUGUGGGCUGCCGUGGGAAUGCCUGGCUCCCUGAGCGCGAAGUGACUGCAACUCACACGAGGUUGGGACUACUUCUCGGAAGAUGCCCUGUGUGUCUCCAGUCGUUCCUCUCUGCCCUCACCGCAGAAUAUUUGGAGUUGCUAGCUUCCUCCUGCCGAGGGGGGACAAAGGCAUAGGCCUCCAGAGGGUUAAGAGCAUCUGCCUUUACGCCAAGUGUUCGAGCAGGAAAUAAUCUGCAGAGAUACAUGUGCAGCAAUUCAACUGCUACUGCUCUCUCAGGCUGCCGCUGCUGCAGUUCGGGGUGUGAGAGGAGCCGCGCUGCUCGCAGAAGAUGCUUUCUUGGUGUGUCCGAAGCUCCAGGCAUGGCAGGAGAGCCCCGGCUGUCUGAGCUGGGGUAAAUGUCUCCAUCCAAGAGGAAUUAUGUGGACUUGCUGGCUCUGUCGGCUCACGGAGAAGAAUGUUCAGACUUAUUUAAAGAGUGCAGAUAACUGGAACUCAGAGGUGUCCUGAGGGUAGUUGUUUUGGUCUCUUCAUGUGUGAGUCUCGUCCCCACUGAGCAGUUCAGUUUGCUGCCAUCCACAAGUGUGGAGUGCUUUGAGAAGAGCCCAUUGAAGGCCUGAUAAGAAGGCCCUGAGUCACAGACCCAGCAAACCUGACCAGCUCCUCACCAUACACUGGUCUUGAAUCUCCCUUGGAGCAGCUACAAGAGGGGCUGAACUUCGCUGUUUCCUGCUGUGCUGCCUGGAACCUUUUCCACGUUAACAAAGGCUGAUGGAAACCUGUAUCUAGGGGGUUCUAUGUGAGAUUCUCUCCCUGCUCCCCUGUGGCCUCUCCCUGUGCCAGUCCCUGCCCACGGCACCGCAUCACCGCGCACCAGAUGUGCAGGCGGCUGCAAAGAGCUCCCCUCCCUGAGCACAGGCGCUCUCUGUCACGGAAAAACCCCAGUUGGCCUGUGCCAGGAGCAUCAAGCUCAUCCACAUCUCUAAAUGGUGAACUUGGAGACAAGCUGGAGAUUGCAAAGUCUGCUUUCCCUCGAAGUUGCUGCUCAAUGGUUGUCAUCUGCCACAUCCAAGGAAACUAGAAGAGCUCCAUGCUAACUUGUGUAAGCUUUAUUUCACUAUGGGAGAUCAAAUGAUUUUCUGGCUCAGGUUUUGUGAUGUUCGGCAUCUGCCUUGGACCUGCAAUUUGGAAAAGGGCUGGUCUCUGAAGCACGGUUAAGAGACAUAAAAACCAGUCCCAGACAAUGAGCACUCUAAGUAGCACUGGAAUAUUGCUCAGCUUAACAACAGUGUCUGUCACACUGGAUUUUAGUUUGCAUGGUGGUCUGAUGGCUUGGUCCUUAAGCAGCAAUUUGACUCUGAAUCAGAGUUUGCCCACAUCUGAUCCUCUCAACGCCUCCGAGAAGGGCGAAGUCUCUCGGAUGUCCGUGAGGGAGAAGAAUUGGCCAGCCCUCCUGAUCUUGGUUGUCAUCCUGCUGACCAUUGGGGGGAACAUAUUGGUAAUUAUGGCUGUGUCCUUGGAGAAGAAGUUGCAGAAUGCCACAAACUUCUUCCUGAUGUCCUUGGCAGUGGCAGACAUGCUGGUGGGUAUCCUGGUCAUGCCCGUGUCGCUCAUUGCAGUCCUGUAUGAUUAUGCUUGGCCUUUGCCUAAACAGUUGUGCCCUAUAUGGAUUUCCCUAGAUGUGCUCUUUUCAACUGCAUCUAUUAUGCAUCUCUGUGCCAUCUCUCUUGAUCGGUACGUAGCAAUACGCAAUCCCAUUGAGCACAGCCGCUUCAAUUCCCGCACCAAGGCCAUUAUGAAAAUUGCUGCAGUUUGGACCAUAUCCAUAGGGAUAUCUAUGCCUAUUCCAGUCAUUGGUUUGCAGGAUGACUCCAGAGUGUUUGUAAACGGGACCUGCGUCCUCAACGAUGAGAACUUUGUCCUCAUUGGAUCCUUCAUGGCUUUCUUCAUCCCUCUCAUCAUCAUGGUGAUCACAUAUUGCCUGACUGUCCAGGUGCUGCAGAGACAGGCGACGGUGUUCAUGUGUGGAGAGGUGCCCAAGCAGAGGAGGAGCAGCGUGAACUGCCUCAAGAAGGAAAACAACACAGAGAACAUUUCAAUGCUUCACAAUCACGAGGGGGCAUCUCACUUGAACUCCCCUGUAAAUAAGGAGGGAGUGCUUUUCAGGAAAGGAACUAUGCAGUCCAUCAACAACGAGCGAAGAGCCUCCAAGGUCCUGGGCAUCGUCUUCUUUUUGUUCCUCAUCAUGUGGUGCCCGUUUUUCAUCACUAAUGUCAUGUCUGUCCUUUGCAAGGAAGCCUGCGACAAAGACCUCUUGAGUGAACUGCUUGAUGUGUUUGUUUGGGUGGGGUACGUUUGCUCGGGGGUUAAUCCCCUGGUGUACACACUCUUCAACAAAACCUACCGCAGGGCUUUUUCCAAUUACAUCCGCUGCCAAUACAAGCCCGGCAAAAAAUCAGCACUGCGGCAGAAUCAGUGUCUGAAUGUUGCUUCGACAGCUUUGUACGGGAAAGAUCUGACUUUAACUAGUUACCGAAACGGCAAUGAAUUCAACAGCAUGGAACUAGAAGCUGAGGAGGGCCUGGAACUGCAACCAGGGACUUCGGAGCUCUCCAUAAACAGCUGUAAUGUUGUAAGCGAAAGAGUGAGCUGUGUGUAAGGGUGACUUACACAGCCUUUUGCUACGGUGUAUCUGUAGCCAAAAUACCUUGUGUAAAAAUGUAAGUGUCGCUCAAAGGACAAUGUAAAUAUUGCAUUCUGAACAAAGCUUUUUUUUUUUAAAGAAAAAAAAGAGUUGUCUUUCCAGUCCAGUACUGAAAAUCAUAUAUAUUAAUAUACUGCAGUGAAGUUUAAGGUUCUAUAUUUACUGUUACUAAUAGAUCAGAACUAUUAGUUACUCUGCAUAUGUCAUGGACAAAAUGUUUGAAUUCUUCUUCCAGUGCAUGAACAAAAAUGCUGAAUAUUUAUCUCAGGUGGAAUUUGCUGGAGUCCAGAAUGGCACGUUAAUAGUUAUAUAUCAAAUACAUGCUAUUAGACUUGGUCAGUAUAACUUUCUUUUUCAAGUUGACAGUAAAUAUAUACUUUAAAUCCUCACCCCUAUUUGUGCCGUGUAAAGACUUUACAGAAACCUGGCAGAAAGACAUCACAAGAGCGUAGUGGCCGUACAGGCACCUGGCCAGACAUGUCCUGUGUCUUGCUCCCAUACUGGGUCUAUCUUGCACUUCAGGGGUCCUCUGCUAAAUUUUGGCUCCCUCUCCAACCCUGCUGUUUUUUUUCCAUUGCACGGGAGGCUCUGGCUCCCCUAGGGAAGGUAGGGAAUGCAGUUCUGGUGUGUUUUUGCAGUCCUGGCUGGGAUCACUUGCAGACUUGGAGAAGAAGCAUGAGAGACAAAGUUCUGUUUCCACUGUUCUAUAAAUGGAAGGCCUCAGACUCAUAAAAAGCCCUCCUUUGGUCUUUCAGAAACCCAUGAGGUCUGGGAUGGAGCAGGCUGUGCUCAGUGCACUGCCUUCACACGCUGCUGGAGGAUCAGGGGCUUUGGCUGACCUGCAGAAGAGCACUCUGGCUUGGAAGGGCCAGAUCUUUGGCCCUCUGGGUCCUCACAUCUAGCUAUUCUUUAGCUUGCUAGCAUUGACUUUUAUUUUUCAGCAUCCUGGGACUCGCAGUGCUGGUGGUAGAACACUGCUUUGGGUGUAGAGCAGAGGCUGCUCUGUGUGUGGUGCUGGCCAGGGUCAAGCUGUGAGGAGCAGGAUGGACCUGCCUGGGGAUGCUGGGGGAGAGGCACAAGUGAAGGGCCCUGCUCCUGCCUCAGGACGGGGUGGGCAGAGCUGAGCAGAGCAUGUGAUUGGAAUCAUUUGCUGGUGGCAGGGUUCAAAAGCAAAUGAUGACCAGAGACAGGAAGGAAGAAGACCUGGAGCUAGUCUACAAGGAAUAUUAAUCUGGAUUAAUUUUUAAAUUUGACAUAUUCCAUUUUACUCCCAAAGUAAAUUAUGGUGUAUCAUAUUAACACCACUUAGAUCUUUAAUGAAAGCAUCCACAUUGGGAUGGAAUGCAGUUUAAGUAAUCUGCUUUUAAUACACACCAGGUACAAUUUGAAUUAAUUUUCCUCUGCGUUCUUGAGUACACAAACUCCCCAAGGCACCGUGUCUUUCUGGCACUGUGUCUCUGGGGUGCUGCCUCUCAUGCAAAUUUCCUUGUGUGGAGUAUUGUCUAAUGCCAGAUAUCACCCAUAAGGUUUUUAUAUCUUCAUUAACUACUACACAGAUGCUGCAGUGCCCAUCUAACAUGGAUGCAUUUAGCAUCACUGACAGCCUCUGGCUAUGAUAAUCAUCAGAACAGAGAACAUUACACUGGGCAUGGUUAAAUCGCAUUUUAUUAACAUGAAUUGCUUGUACUCUAAGCUUGCUGUGUUCAUUCCAUUAAAAUUACCUUCUAGAAGAAACAGAAAAUUCUGCUAAUGCUUUAGGUAACUGCUGUUGCAUUGCUGUGUGCAGCAACAACCUUGCUGAGGCCACUACUAAAACAUAACACAGGGGUUGUCUCUGCUGCUGGCUUGACCCCAGACUGAUGUGUUGAAGAUGGUCCUCUUGUCUCCCUCAUCCCCUCCUGGGAAUAAUCCGUAGUACUUCCAUGCAGGCAGACAAGGUAUCCCAGUGCAGAGGUAUCCUAAGCCUCUGCUGCCUGAAGAAGGCAGCAGAGAUGCUCCAUGUGCCAGCCUGCAGAUACCACCAUGGGUUGAAUGCUCUGGAGUCUGCUUGCCUCUCCAAAAAUGUCAGGUAAUCAGUAGGAAAAGGACUGGCCAGAGGCACAAACUUGGUCCUUCCCUGACUUCUCUUUACCCUGAGUCAGAUUUUAUUAUCUCAAACAGUACAGAAAAAUCAGAACCAUCACAUUGCUUUUUAAGUUGUUGGUUUUUUUUUUCCCUUUGGUGAAUUUAUAGCACACCUUUUCCAAACCAUGUAUAUGUGUGUAUGUAUAUAUCUGUGUGAGUUUGUACUUAGAUAUAUACACAUAUAUACAUAUUUAAGAGUGAACCACAGACUUUGAAAGCAUUUAGCAAUAAGUUGAAUUACAGUAGCUUCUAGCAUGUGUAAGUAAUGAGUGAAUAACUCAUUUUCACAGCAUCCCUGAGCUCAGUAUAAGUCUACACACAGGCCUUGUCUUUGCAUAGGAGCCUUCAUGUCUUACCCUUGUCGGUUCUGUUGUACGGGCAAAAAAGGGAACCUGCUAUAUUUGGAUGCAAAAAAUGGGAACUGAACAGAGAAUUUUCAGAAUUUUUAUAAAUGUUUUUAAAAAAUUCAGCACCAGAACUGUAAAUAUGUCUACACAGCUGGACCCAUUCUGAUGUACAGCCCUUGUUUGGAUGAACAGCCAAGGGUGCUGCCUGACAGCACCUCAUGUUCUCUCCCAGCCAGUGGGUGACAACAUUUUUGUGAAUGUUUAUAUACUGUCACGUACCCAACUUUCUUUGGGUCAUUCACAUCAGGGUUUUGUGAUGCUGCUAUUAAUUUAUUAAAGAAAGUUUGUUGGUUUAA